AUGACCGACAAGGGCGACUACCAGGUGCCUUCCUGGGAUGGGACGGCUCGAACUUGGAGGCGCUACACGCGCGAGGUUUCGUGGUACUUCAGAGCCACACCAGUCAGCAAGAGACGCUAUGUGGCCACCAAGCUGCUGGCAAAGUUGUCUGGAGCUGCUCGUUUGUUGGCCAUGAGCUGGAGCGACAUGUUUCUGGAUGAAUACAAUGGCACUCGCACGCUUCUCCAGAGGUUGGCCGCGAGCCCACUUGUUCGACAGAGCAUCCCAAAUGCCUCAGCCAUUUGUGCACAAUACUUUGACUUCCGUCGGGGGCAUAACGAACCUAUGACCUCCUUCCUUGUGAGAGAGUCUUUGGGCUUCGCUGAGUUCGUGGAGUCCCUGGUGCGCCUGGCUGAGGAGAAGAAGGGAGUCAAGCAUGAAGAGGGCAACUUUGGCCUUCCUGAUGAGGAGUACGAGUAUGACGCCGACUCCACCUCCUAUGGCGACUGGAAUAGAUGGUAUGACGAUUGGGCAACUUGGCCUGAAGAUACACAAGAGGAUGCUGCACCGAAUGCGGAGGACUUCAACCCCAACGUUGCUGCAGCAGCUGAGAGCGGAUCACCUUCAGGUGCUUAUCAUCGAGUUCCACAUGAACCAGCUUCCUCACCUAGUCGCCGCUCGGCUGGAGUCCAACCCUCCUUCACUGCAGGUGAACCGGAAGAGCUCUCCGAGCUUAGCUUCGCCGAUUCGUUCGUCCUCGGCGUACUGAGGGGUUUCAGGUUGCUUCAAGCUGCAGGCCUGUCGGCCGAAGAGCGGAGAGACAUUCUCUCUGCCACACGCGGUUCCUUGGAGUUUGAACAUGUCAACAAGGCCCUUCAAACCUUGUGGGACGAGCAAUUCACUGGUGCUCGAACUUCAUCCUCGCCUAUGACAUCCGGGCAUCAGCACUUCCAAGAGCUCCACAUGACUGAGGAGCUCGAGGGUGAGAACGACUGGGCGUGGGACGCCUUCUAUGCCUCACCUGAUCCUUGGCGUGAUUGGGGCGAAGGGGGUGACUGGGCAGAUGGCUAUGCCGCUGAGACUCAGGAAGAGAAGACUGAGGCUGAUGAUCCUGAGGUCAAAGAAGCUCAGAAGGCUGAGCAAAUGGCAGAAGCACUGGCCACUGAGGCUCACCGGACUUGGGCUGACGCUCAACGCCAAACUGCGGCCUUGCGUCGCGAUCGAGGCUUCGGUCAGAAUCCUCCCAUGACUGGCAAAGGCCGUGGACCUUGCUUUGUUUGCGGAGGACCUCAUCUCUCCCGAGAAUGUCCUGACAGACGUCACCCAUCCUGGAAAGGUCAGAAGGGAAAGGGCAAGAUGUCCUACUUCUCUGAGUAUGACCCGGACAUGUUCUUCUACGAGGACUACAUGAUGGGCAAGAAAGGGAAGAAAGGCAAAAGCCACCACUGGCUUGAAGCACAGGCUUGGUCCAAGGGCAAGAACCCCAAAAGAAAGGGCAAAGGUCUUUCAACGAGACCUCCUGUGAAUGCCUACUCAGCGGAACACCACUUCCUGGGCGGCAUGGAGCUCCAGACCCAGGAGCAUGAUGCUUUUUCCUCCGAGAGGAUGCAACCCUCUCAUGGUCUUUUAGACUGCGGUGCAACAGCGUCCGCUGGUCCUCAAUUGGCUGUGGAGCAAUUGAUCUCCACGAUUCUACAGCACGAUCAUCAAGCUCGAGUUGAAAUCAGUGCUGAAUGCCCUUACUUUCGUUUUGGGAAUGGCCGUUGGGGACAAGCUCUUUAUCGCGCAACAAUCACCUCCAAUGUUUCUGGAAACGACCGUGAGUUCAAGUUGUUUGCACUUCCCAAUCCCAAGGAGGCCACACUGGAUUCAUCGUCUUUGGUUCCUAUUUUGGUUGGUAUGGACCACCUCUCCGGAGCUCGCUCGGCAAUGUCGAUUGAUUUUUUGACGGGUUUGGCACUGGACUCCUAUGAGGAAGACCCCAAAGUAUAUCGGCUUGAAAAGAACAAGAAAGGUCAUCCUCGAGUCACUGUGCAUGAGAACAUGGAGCACCACACGUUGGAAACCAAUUGUUUGCAGUUCAUGCCAUUGGAGUUUUUCACCAGUUUUGUUGACAACUAUGUUGAUGAGCAGUGCAUUCAAACUUCGUCUCGGCGCUUGCUUCAACUUCAUGCCCAUGCACGGCAACUUCAAUUGCCUGGAAAACCGCCGCAGCCCUCAGUGCUCAUGAGUGAAUCGCAUCACCUCGUGAUGACCGAGAAAGAGGUGGACACUAUGUGGGACAUCCGCCAGGAACACCUGGACCUGGUGGAGAGCACCACAGGAUCGCCAAAGGGCAAAGCUCGCCCGUUCGAUCCGGAGCGCAAGGUGGGCCUGGACUCUCGCGAUCCCAGAGCCUCACCGGACCAAUGGCCAUGUUUCGGGGAGCGCAAUCCCGGAACACCUCAUGCCAAUCCUCACGGACAAUGGAUCCACUGCACGGUGUGCAACCUGAGGUUGAGCUACAUGCCUCGACAAGGCAGCCAUGGUCAGAACACCAAGAUGGACGCUCCUGCGAUGACCCUGAGAAUGCUCACCGAGGUCAAGAAGCUGAUGAACUCGGCACCACCGUCUGCCGAAAUUUGCCUGGCGAUGCAAAAGAAGAUCGACGCCGAGGAGGUUCUCACCACCCUGGUCAAGAAGAAGUUGUUGGACCAUGCCACUCAGCGCGAUCUGGAUCGGAAGCGCUACUCUCCACCUCAGCGCAAGACUGGGAACUCAAGUUCACCGGAGUCAUGGGACAUGGUGCCAUCGACUGCAGCGACUCCGAAGAAGAGCCAUCCGGAAUCCGAUUUGGAGAAGGACCUCAAGGCCUACCUCCAGGAUGGCGAGAUGAAGGAGUUGAUGUCGAUGGCGACUAAGCUGAUGAUGAUGGUGGCGACUAUGGUGACCUCUAUGACUUCAAUGGCGGCUGACUUCCUCAUGGAUGGCAGAGAUGGAGUGUGGGAGAUUGCAUGCUCACCACAUUCGUGGCUCUCACAAGCCUGUGACCAACAAGGCUUGAAUCCCAGGCGAAUCAACCUCUCCUCCGGCUACGACCUCUACCGCCGUGAGACCUGGGAACAUCUACGUGUUCUUCGCCAACGACACCGUCCUCGACGUCUAUGGUUCUCGCUUCCCUGCACAAAGUGGUGCAGAUGGUCUUCAUUGAACUAUGCCUCACCAGAACGUCAAGAGCUACUGGCUUCCUACCGGCGACGUGAACGCCGCAUGCUCUGGCAGGCUGUUCGAUUCAUUGAAGAAUCCAUUAUUGAGGACCCCUACAUGGACAUCUUCUUCGAAUGGCCAUAUCCCUGUGUCGGAUGGCAAGAACCUGCACUUCAACAUCUGGCCAGCUUCCUGGAGAGUCAUGGCCGUGAUUGGCUACCUUGCCGUAUAGACGGAUGUGUCUUUGGCUUGAGAGAAAGGGACGGCGAAGGUGACUUUCUUCGCAAGCAAUGGAUGGUGCGCACGACAAGUCCUCACUUCCACAAGAAGUUCAGAGCUCGAGUAUGCCCUGGUGGCCAUGCUCACUCAUACAUCCAAGGCAUUGAGACAGCCAAGAGCGCUUAUUACCCCUGGCGGCUGGUGAAAUCUAUCGCUAUGGCUUGGCGACAGGAACUCAUCAGUGACCGCAACCACCGGUUGCUCUUCGCCACGGAAGAUGUACCAGCCAUGAUGACCUUGGAGGAGGAACUAUUUGCCGCGGAAGAACAACAUUGGGGACUUCCUGCAUUACAAGAUCAGGACUCUUCAUCCGCACUACAUCCUGCUGAACCUCAACCCACGGAGCUGGAAUUGAAACAAUGGGAAGCUCGUUUGGACCACUUUCAUCGAGCAGCAGGUCAUCCCACGAGCCGCAACUUGGCUCGACUGGUCAAAGACUCUGGAUCACCGGCCUGGAAGGUGCAAGCUGCGCUGGAACACAAAUGUCAAACCUGCCAAUCCCUGAAGCUUGGCAGCAAAUCAUCUGGUCAGGUGCCUCCAGCAGCGACCCACUCACUCUGCAAGGCAUGGGAGGCGAUCGGCUUAGACACGGCCGAAUGGACCAUUCCGGGACAACGACAAGAGUGCAAGUUUCUUUUGAUGAUAGAUCUGGCUACGAAGCUUCGUGUUGCUGUCCUGCUCAAGGUCUAUCCAGAGCUCUCCAUGCAGGCGGAAUCCGCCGAUGAAGUGAUCCGGGCUCUAUCAAUGGCCUGGCUGGCACAGUAUCCAAAGCCCAAGAUGAUCGUGGCCGACAAUGCAAAAAGCUUCAUCUCCAACCGCUUCCACGAGUUCAUGAUGGAGCAGAACAUCCUCUUGCGCUUCCCUCCGGAGAAGGAACCAUGGUCACAUGGAAUUGUUGAGGCGGCAAUCCAAGAUGUGAAACAUGUGGCGACCGCCAUUCAGACUGAGUCCAUGGAGAACAAGCCUGAAGUCACCUUGGCCCUGACCACAUCGGCCUUGAACAGCACCGAGUACACUGCUGGCUUCUCUUCACACCAGUGGGCAUUUGGCGCCAAGUUCUCCAUCUCAGAUGAAGAUGUUCGACUUUGGCGAGCAGUUGACCCAGCACUGGACUUUGUGAAUGUCUCUCAAGCUCGUCUUGCUGCAGAGGAGAUCGCCAGAAGAUCUCGUGCGAGAAGGGUAUUGAGCAAGUUGACCAACACCACCGUGAAACAGCCCCUGCGAAGCUAUAAGCCAACUGAACUGGUGAUGGUUCCUGGCCCUGAAGAUCGAGAACUCCCUGAUCUACCUCCAGAACCUGAUGGCACGACCUAUGCUCCAAUUCGACGAGCUAUUGGCAAGUCCACUCUCCGGCCUGAGGACUACAAGAAAGUUCAUCGAUCAUCUCCGAUCGGACAAGAAGCACAGAAGCCUCCACGUCCUCCAAAAUACCUACCAGAUCCUGUUCCUCUACCAGAAGGUGCAAACUCCUCGUCUUCACGGACACCUCCACUGAAGGUCUCAGACGAUGAGUACUACCCCACAAGUGCAGAGGAGGACGGACCGGUGAAUGAAUAUGAGGACAAGAAGCAGACUGCACCUCCCUUGGACAACACCGCCGACGAGCCCGAUUACAAGAAGGUUCGCUUUGAGGGUGACAAGAAAGCCACUUCCACGGUCGACGAACCGGACUACAAGAAGCUCAAGCGCAAUGAGUAUGACCUCAAAUGGCUGGAACUUCUUCAUGAAGAAGCAGAACAUGAAAUCACCCACAACGACAUCUUCAACGUCCUUGAAGGCUAUGACGGUGAGAGCUUGGCGCUGUGGCCAUCCGUGGUGAGAGAUGUCUAUGGGCCUGGGUCUGAUGUCCACACCAUUGACCUCAAGGACGGCACCUUCAAGAUUGUCUCCGAGCAAGAGGCCUACAUAGAGAGCCUGCCGGACAUUGACAUCGAUCCUGAAAGACUUCGGCUACAAGGCCCUUUGUCUCCGAAAGAGGUUGGAGCUUGCCGCACAGCCUUGGGCGGCCUUCAAUGGCUUGCGAUACAGAGCCAACCACUUUUGACCGCCCGUUGCAACCUUUUGCUCUCAGAAAUCACCACUGCUGGCACGCUUGAGCAUGCAAGAGAAAUCCAGCGCAUGAUACAGGAGGUAAGGAACCAGUCCACCAAGCGUGAGUUCUUUGCCCUGGACAACACCCCUUGCUGGAAUGACAUUGUGUUCAUUGCCAUGGGAGACCAAGCCCAUGCAAAUAGAAGCAAGGGUGGUAGCACUGGAGGUCUAGUCCUUCUUGCAGCUCCUGCAGCCUGCCUCGAUGGAUCAUCCCAUCGGAUGAUGUUGCUGGCAUGGAGAACCUGGAAGUUGAAACGUCGUGCAAUAGGCAGCAACGACUCGGAGAUCCAGUCGAUCCUAGAGGCAGAGGAUGUUGGAUUCCGAGCAAGACUUUUGUGGGCAGAAGUCCAUGGCGCCAGCUUCGAUGUGAAGGAGCUCCGCGGCAUCGACCUGGUGGAAAAGAUGGAAGCUGUUGCUCGCCUGGUUCGUGGCGUGCUCUGCACGGACUCUCGCGGUGGCUACGACGCCGUGGAGGUGAACGAGUCCCCGUUGUUGGGCUUGUCGAACCUGCGUUCGGCCCUUCAAGCCUUUCAAUUGAGAGACAAUCUCAAGAGAACUGGCUGUGAGUUGAGGUGGUUGGCGAGCGAUUACGACUUAGCUGACGCCCUGACAAAAAAGAAGGAGGACAGUCGGCAUAGCAUGCUUCGCUACCUCACCACCUGGACCUGGGCAAUAGCCUACGACCCAAGCUUCACCAGCGCGAAGAAGAACAAGAAGGUUGGACGUGGUGCGCUGGAAAGCCUUGGUCGAAAGCCGCUGACGUCAGCCAAAGGCUGA